CGUGUUCUCUGUUCAUACUGAGAGAUUAAACAUUCAGUAAAUAUUUAUCUACGGAAACGUGACAGCUGUGUCGGAUGGACGGGAAUACCAGAUUACACGCUUUACAAAAUCAGCCAGGGACACAGAGCUGUGUCUGAGGAAGCAGACAAAAGCGUUAGUGUGUUUGCGUGCGUGCGUGCGUGCGUGCCUGUGUGUGUGUGUGUGUGCGCGCGCGCGCGUGCGUGUGUGUCCCAACAAAACAACGGUCCAGACAACGGUGCGUAAAUAUUGGAGGAAAUUUGGGAAGAAAGGAAGAGAGAAGAGAAACCUUCCACCUGAAAGCACAGAAAAGCUCCAGCGCGGUGCGGCCGCCACCAUGGCGCAUCUGCCGUGUAUCAGCAACCAGAACACUCGUCUGGAUCCUGAGCAGUAUUUCACCAAACUAGAGCGCAUCGGCAAAGGCUCGUUUGGAGAAGUUUACAAAGGAAUUAACAACCACACCAAAGAGGUGGUGGCUAUUAAGAUCAUAGAUCUAGAGGAGGCAGAGGAUGAGAUCGAAGACAUUCAGCAGGAGAUCACAGUUCUCAGCCAGUGUGACAGUCCCUUCGUCACCAAGUACUUUGGCUCUUACCUGAAGGGCACUAAGCUGUGGAUCAUCAUGGAGUAUUUGGGUGGUGGUUCUGCACUAGACAUGCUAAAGCCAGGACCUCUGGAGGAGGCCUACAUCGCCACUAUUCUCCGAGAGAUCCUUAAAGGACUGGACUACCUCCACUUAGAGAGGAAGAUCCACAGGGACAUUAAAGCUGCUAACGUCUUGCUGUCAGAGCACGGAGAGGUGAAGCUGGCCGACUUCGGCGUGGCAGGUCAGCUAACAGACACACAGAUCAAGAGGAAUACUUUUGUGGGAACACCAUUCUGGAUGGCUCCUGAAGUCAUUAAACAGUCUGCAUAUGAUUUUAAGGCUGACAUCUGGUCAUUAGGCAUCACAGCCAUUGAGCUGGCCAAAGGAGAGCCCCCGAACUCAGACCUGCACCCCAUGAGGGUUCUUUUCCUCAUCCCUAAAAACAACCCACCCACUCUGGAGGGUAACUACAGCAAAGCCUUCAAGGAGUUUGUGGAAGCGUGUCUUAACAAAGACCCACGGUUUAGACCAACAGCCAAAGAGCUGCUUAAGCAUAAAUUUAUUAGCCGCUACACUAGGAAAACAUCCUACUUAGCAGAGCUGAUUGACCGCUACCGACGCUGGAAGUCUGAGGGCCAUGGGGAUGAGUCCAGCUCUGAUGACUCAGACAUGGAUGGUGAAGGCGAAGCAGAUCAGAGUCCUAUGUGGACGUUCCCUCCCACCGUAAGACAAACUUUGAACAAGCUUCAGAGAGGAAAUAACAAUCCAGAUAGUAAGACAGAUGUGAUGAAGAGAAAACCGAAGUCCUCCUCACUCACAACACUCCUCAUACCGGCCUUUAAAGAGAUAAAAGAAAAGCGCCGUGUGACUGGAGGAGUAGUGUGUGCAUUAGAGGAGCUGGAGAAUGCCUUUAACUUGGCCGAGGAGUCGAGUCCGGGAAUCUCAGACCGUUUACUCACCCAUGUGGUGGAGAGAGUGUGCAGGUUUACACUUAAUGGGAACACAACACCUCCAAAGCGAUGAGAGCUCUUAGAGAAAACAGUCUGCAUUAAAUCACACCAUCGAUCCACCUUCUUCAUGGUCUCCUCUCCGACACGUUUAUAAAAGACCUGGACCUUUUCAUCAAUGCCACCCAUCUUAUUAUGGCACAUUAUGGGAUGUUUUUCAUAGAUUUUCGUUAUAGAAUGAUUGCUUUUACAAAGUCAAGAUCUGUCUAUAGCAGGAUGUGAUGUUAGACUUUACCAUAUUAAUAAACCAAAAGGAUAAAAAGAUAUGGAGCUGUGUUUUAGAACAGAAACUAAGGCAUUGAAUGCUUUAUGAAUUAUAGAUACCAUUACAAAUAAGAGUCAUUUCAAUCUCAGAUCCCAAUUAAUUACCAGAUUUGUUUUUAUUAGUUAUUUUUUGUUGUUUUUUUUAAUGUAAUGACAUGGGACUGACUACAGCAACAUGGUACACAAUAAAUAGGAGCAUCGUGCAUCAGAGACAGGAGUAAAAGAUGGUGUUCAGAGUCACUAAAUGGUAGAAGCAACCUGGAGCUUUGGUAAAGCUCAUUCUAAACUCUACUGUACAUGUGACGUGUGAAAAUGCCUUUUUACGUGGAAAGGAAAGUCAAGAGAGAAAUAUUACAAAUUCCAGUUUGGGUAAAGAAGUGUAUAAAAGUAAUGAGCAAAAAACCAAUCAGAGGUUUGAUGAAACUGCUAAUAAUCCAGGAUUUAUGAAUUGUGCAUAAUAUCUGCUUACUUAUACAGUAUUAAAAAAAGUAUCCAUAUAGUCACAUGUACCGACUAAUGUGUGGCUGAAAAAACCUCAGUCAAGGUUUUCAGUCUUAUGACAUUUUUAGGUCUUUGGUUGGACCCAAUACAGCAUUCAUUUCCCAAUGUAAAAGUCUGUGAUUCAAUAUCAAUCAAUAUCAAGUCAAAUCUCCCAGAUAAGAUCAAAUUAAUUUACAGUUCAUCUCAGCCCUUAUGAGUAAACAUAACAUAUAUCGGUUUCAUAAAGGAACACUUCAGGUGAAAGUGAAAUCUACACAAUUUUAUCCAUAUACCAACACAAAUGAUCAGCCAAGAGGCGUCUGUUUUAGUUUUGCACUUAUAGCUGCUAUGUGAUGUGGUUUCUGAGUGAUGGCACAUAGUAAUGUAUUUAAAAAAAGAACAGCAAAAAAUUAAUACACACAGCAAAAAAAACAAAAAACAAAACAGUAGUAGCAGCCACACGGAAGCCAGAAUCACUUUCCUCCUCAGCACAGUUUGUAGUCACUCCACACAAACAGGUUUGAAGGCCAAACCGUACAUUAAAAAUGAUUUGGAUGAA